AUGGUGACGUCCGCCGGAGGAAAGGCUCCUCUCAAACAGAUGACCACCAAGGCCGCUCGCAAGAGCGCUCCAGCCACCGGAGGAGUGAAGAAGUCUCAUCGCUAUCGGGCAGGAACUGUCGCUCUGCGUGAGAUCCGUCGUUACCCGAAAUCGACCGAGCUGCUGACUGCAAGUUGCCUUUCCAGCGUCUGGUCCGUGAAAUCGCCCAAGACUUCUAGACCGAUCUGCGCUUCCAGAGCUCGGCCGUUAAUGGCCCUACAGGAAUCAUGCGAGGCCUAUCUGGAAGUCAGCUUUAGCAAAGUUGUAGGCCUGGUAGUCGAAGUCGUCAUUUUCGAAACGCAUGGAAAAGCUGUCAUUCAAGGUGACUACGAACGGGGGAUGCCAAACAUCGAUAGCAACGAGCGGAUCGUCUACACUGUCAAUGGAAAAGGCACCGUCAAGUGUUUCACUGACAAACGAUAG